AUGUGCCCACUAGACAUUGAGAAAAUAGAUAUGGAGAUUCUGAUAAUGGAAAUGGAAAAAAGGCCUUGUAUUUGGGAUGUAAGGACCGAGGAAUACAAAGACAGACAUAAGAAGGAUGCAGCAUGGCAUGAAAUCUGCUGUGCAUUAUUCGAUGAUUUCGCAGAUCAUUCAAGCACAGAGAAAAAAUCCGUUGGCCAGAAGGCACAACAAAAGUGGCGUAACAUUAGGGACUAUUAUCGGAAAUAUGUAAGGAAAGUGAAGAAAUCUGGUUCAGAAGCAGUAAGAAUAUUAAAAUACGUGUACGCUGACCAGCUGGGGUUCUUGUCACCUUCAUUUAAAGUUAAUUGA